AUGACGACGGAGCUCCUGCCACUGACGCAGCUCUUCACGGACGACGCGCUCGCGCAGCACUACGACCGCGUCGAGACGGCGACGCUGCGCAGCGGCUUGCGCAUGGCCUACGCGCUUCACGGCGACGACGACGCGCCGGAGAAGGUCCUCCUCAUCAUGGGUCUCCUCGGCGACAAGGAAGCGUGGCUGCCGCUUCUCUCGGCCUUCAAUGCCAGCGCCGAGCGUCAGCGCUACCAGUUCGUGACGUUUGACAACCGCGGUGUCGGCGGCACGGACAAGCCAUGGGGCCGGUAUACGACCUCCGGUAUGGCGGCGGAUGCGAUCCAGCUCCUCGACCACUUGGGCUGGACAAUGGCGCACGUGGUCGGCGCCAGCAUGGGCGGCAUGAUUGCGCAAGAGCUCGCGUCUUUGUACGCCCAUCGCGUUCAAUCACUGGCGCUCCUCGUGACGACACCGAGCUUUGUUUGGGGUCCAUGGCCGGGCUGGGCGCAGCUCUCAGGCUACUGGGCGAUCGCGACAAGCCUCCUCUUCCCGUCGCACCACACGGCCGCGUCGACGAUGCUCUACGUGCUCUUCCCAGACGAGUACCUUGGUACUCCCGUCCACGGAGCCGACGACGUGACGACCCGCGCCGUCUUGUACGAGCACCACAUGGCGCGACAAGCUCGCGGCGCACCGGCGCUCAGCGGCGUCCUCGGGCAGUACGCGGCCGUCGCGUCGCAUGCGAUGAGCUAUGGUCGCCUCCGCGCGGUGCAAGCAGCCGCGUACCCGAUCCUUGUCAUCGGCGCCAAGCAAGACCGGAUGCUGCACCCCGACCACUCGACGCAGCUCUAUGACGCGCUGCGUGGUCCAUUGACCAAGAACGUCGUCUUCCAUGCCUCGGGCCAUGACGUGCACGUCCAGCACCGGAGUGACGUGGCAGCGUCGCUGCUCGCGCAUUUUGCCAAGUGUAAAGCGAACGCAGCGUUGGAGUGAGUGAGAGACAUGGUUGAAAUGGUCGGUUUUCCAUUCAGAC